AUGGAGGAAGGGUUCAACAUUAAAAAGUCCACAGAGCCUGUCCAGCCCCGAGCCCUCCUCAAGUUCCCAGACAUCUAUGGACCCAGGCCGGUGGUGACGGCCCCAGAGGUCAUCAACUAUGUGGACUACACACUGAGGACCACAGAGGAGCCUGCUGUGCCUGCCAGUCCCCUGGCCCUGAAUGACAGCCGCCUCAAGAGGCAGGUCACAGAGGAGCUGUUCAUCCUUCCUCAGAAUGGUGUGGUAGAGGAUGUGUGUGUCAUGGAGACCUGGAAUCCAGAGAAGGCUGCCAGUUGGAAGCAAGCCCCCAAACUCCACUACUGCCUGGACUAUGACCAGCAGAAGGCAGAAUUGUUUGUGACCCACUUGGAAGCUGUGACCAGUGACCACAAUGGCGGCUGUGACUGCUACAUCCAAGGCAGUGUGGCCAGCAGGACAGGCACUGUGGAGGCCCAGACGGCCCUGAAGAAGCGGCAGCUGCACACUGCCUGGGAGGAAGGCCUGGUGCUCCCCCUGGCAGAGGAGGAGCUCCCCACAGCGACUCUGAUGCUGACUCUGAGGACCUGUGACCGCUUCUCCCGCCACAGUGUAGCGGGAGAGCUCUGCCUGGGCCUGGAUGGGGUGUCUGUGCCUCUGGGGGCUGCCCAGUGGGGUGAGCUGAAGACUUCAGUUAAGGAGCCGUCUGCAGGCACUGGGGAGGUCCUUCUCUCCAUCAGCUACCUCCCCGCUGCCAACCGCCUCCUGGUGGUGCUGAUUAAGGCCAAGAACCUCCACUCUAACCAGUCCAAGGACCUCCUGGGGAAGGACGUCUCUGUCAAGGUGACUUUAAAGCACCAGGCUCAGAAGCUAAAGAAGAAGCAGACAAAACGGGCGAAGCACAAGAUCAACCCUGUGUGGAAUGAGAUGAUCAUGUUCGAGCUUCCUGAUGACCUGCUGCGGGCGUCCAGCGUGGAGCUGGAGGUGCUGGGCCAGGACGAGGAGGGGCACAGCCGCAUGCUUGGCCACUGCAGCCUGGGCCUGCACGCCUCCGGCUCCGAGCGCAGCCACUGGGAAGAGAUGCUCAAGAACCCUCGCCGGCAGAUUGCCAUGUGGCACCAGCUGCACGUGUAGCUUGCUUCCCAGCCACCUCCCUUCUCAGCACAGCCCCUCUACUCCAGCCCCAGCUGUCCUCUGUGACCUCCUCUUUGUGACCCAUCCUCAUCCUGACACCUAGAACACAGACAUGUUUGCAAAGGCCACACUCUAUUCCUCUUUUAUCACAUUUUCAUUUCUAAAAAAAUGAGCAGGGUAGGUCAGGGCAAUGUGUAGAAGGGAACAUUUGGGUCACACUAUAGAUAUAUUUUGUUCAUCUGAAGAGACACUUAGCAAACAUGCCCAUGUGCAUAUUUUGCAGGUUGGGUCAGGCCAAAUGUAGAGAAAGCUUAAUUUGGGGAAUAAUGGGUGCAAAGAAUGUAGCUUUUUAAAACUAAGCAUUUCAAAAUGUAGUGAAGGAAAUAAAAUAUCCUGGAUCAACUCAUAGAAUUAGAGAUUGUCAGGGUGGGAUGAAAUCUUAGCCAGCAUUAAAUCAUGCUCCCGACCUUAGUGUGUAAAGAAUCACCAGCAGAUUCCCAGGCCUACCUGUAGAUAUUCCGAAUCAGUAUUCCUGGCCCAAGCCCAGACACCUGCGUUUUUAACACAUGAAGUGAUUUUGAUGCAGAGAUUGGAACACUGCAUUUGGCAAAAGCCCUUCUACAACGACAUCACAACUGUCAGUGUGAAAUUUGGGAACCUCUUUUUAUUUAUUUUAAUUCUUACUGUUUUCAUUUCUACUUUUCAGAUCUUGUUCUUGGGCUGAAUUUUGUGCUUUUAUUGAAUAACUUUAUUGCUUUACCUCAAAAUCAAUUUCUGUUGUACUUGGGGAGAUCUUCCCUGACAAGGAGUCAGGGGGACCCCCAUUAGUCACUGGGCUGGAUUCUGAGACCUAGUUGUCAUGUCCACCAGCAUCCCCCAAGUGACCCUCUGAGACAGACCCUCUCCUUGGCAUUCCAGCCUUUUCAGGAGGAAUUCAGUUUGAGGCACAUGUUAAUUUAGUCUAUGACAUCUGGCUAUGUGGACAUGGAGAAGGAAAAUACCUUUAAACAGGAAAGUCCUUUUGCAAAUGUGCCUCCCUUCCUCCACUUUCAGGGCCUAUUUCUUUAAUCAGUCAAUAACCAGCAUCUAGGUUUCAAAUUCCUACCUUAUUACUCUGAAUAACUGUCCACAUUCUUAAUUAAGUUAUGAGCCUUGAUGACUGUUCAUAACUUUUUCUCAUAAACCAGGAUUCCUGGAUUCUGCUGUUGGCUAUCUAUAAAAUAGGACCAAUGACAUGGCAGUUCUGUCUCCGUGAAUGAUGUGAUAGAUGAAAUAGCACUUGAAAGCUGUAGGCACCCUCUGGCUAAAAAUUCUGAGGCCACCAGCAGAUCAUUUUUAAGCUUCAAGUUGGUAGCUGACAAUGCCUGGAAAGUGCCAGAAUCAUUACAGGCACCUCCAGAACCAUGGAUUCUGCAUUUGAACUCCUCAAUACUGACAUCCAAACUCUGGGCCUUUAGAUGUCACCCUGGUCGUCUGAUCUACAUAAGAGUUCCUAGACAAGAGAGAUAAGGGCUGUACUUCACUCCUUCAACAAGUCAGGUCACGCUUGCCUUCUUUCCAAAAAUCUGCAUGGGACCUUAUCACCUUUUGUCAUUACUUUCCCUUUUAUGUACAGAAGUAGAAAAGUGUUAGAAACAAAUUCUACCCAUCCUCUGAAGAAACAGAAACAAUAUCUAAUCUCUCUUUAAUAGGAAAGCCUUUCAGAUAAUUGGAAAUCUUGCUCAUUAAGGCUGACCGUGUCCUGCCAAAGUUUUCUAGACAAAGUAUCUGUUAGUGAUUUCCUGUAACAUGCUUUUAAGACUCCCCUUACCACUCUGCUCUCCCUCUUUUGGUUGGUUUGGCUAAAUGAGAACAAAACAUUCCCUGUGUAAGCCGACCAGUACUCUCUUCUUGGUAACAUCUGCUACUCUAAGCUAGAAAAGUCUGGAUGCUAGACUCGAAAUCAGGAAGUAUGGGUCCUCUGUCCUUCUAAAUUUACAUACCUGCCUUACAGUCACACCAAAGGAUGUUUGGGUGAGCUGGGUAAGACCUCCGAUCCUAGAAAUAUCAACCCAUGGCCAUUCCAUCAUGACCAUCAUGGCAUUCAUUUUUUUGGUGGGGCAAAUCUCAAAGAUUUGGUUUUCCAGAAUACAAAUUAAAGGCUGCCCCUGACAGGAGUCAAGUGCCACCACAGAACGUCUUAGAUGUCAGCCAUCACCUCACUCAGCACGCAUGCACAGAAAUGAGACAGGUUUUGCAGGGGUCUUUGUUAUAUUCACUGGUGUAUUUACCAGACAUAUUUGCAACUUACUACCUACUGAAUUAGAGUAAGUGAGCCUGUAUGAAUGCAGAUGAUUGUUUCUGAAAGGAACACCUGUGUUUUGUCAGGAAGCAUUUUCUAAGGGCGUGGAGAAGAAGUAGAAACAAAGUGAGAAGCCAUCUCAGAAUAGGCUGUUGCCCAUAAGGUGAUCUGGUUCUUUCCUCCAUAUGGCGAUGGGGAUAGAGAAUUGGGAUUCUACCCUCAAUCUGUGGCUCCACUUUGUGCGCCAAAUCAAUAUGUAUUUGUUGAGUGAUUACUGAUCAAGACCUUGCAUGUGUCUAUCCAUUUCAUUUUGAGAUAUGACUCUUGGUGUGAGUUGAGUGACAGAUCACCCCAAACGAUACUAUGUAGAGAGAGCAAAAUGAGAGAGUAGUCCUUCAGGGACAAUUCCCUUGGGAUGUAAAAGCAUCCUGGGUGGCAGGCCUAAGCCAAAUCGUUAUGAGUAUCAUCAAAGGAGAGAACUAGUCCUUGUGAUUUGUUUCUGCUACCUGUGUUUCCUGUUAAUGCUAAGUGUGUGUUUGUUUUGCAAUCAUGAACCGAAGCACAAAGAGACGCAUGAAACAUUGUAGUCCUUUGUCUGGUGUCACACUUUACAGCAAAAACCUUUUAGUGGUAAAUAAAUGAUUUCCAGCUGGGUCAGCUUCCUGGUGUUUUCUUUUCUUUUCCCUUAAUAUUUUAGAUAUAUAAAAUGAAGAAAAAACUACUUUGAUAAACACUCAUGAACCACUGACAAGUUUAUAAAACUUGACAAAUACAGUUGAGUCCGUUCAGGAACCACCAUACUGAAUUUGGGGUUUCUUCACCCCAAGCAUUUCUUUAUCUCUAUUGUAUGCACAUGUAAACCCUGAGCAAUUUGGUGUAUUUAUGUAUGUUUUAAACUUUAUGUAAAUUGUAUCACACUGUUUUUGUGCAACAUUAAAACUUGAAGCUUUA